CUGAAUCCACCAGACUGUUGUAACCUGGAGAGUUAACUUUAAACUUCAAAGAUUCGAAGUUUCAAAGUUGGAAGUUAACUUGGAAGCUUUAAAGCUUCGGAGCUUCGAAUUCUUUUGAGAAUGUUCUCAGAGUUUAUUCUCGAAGUUGUCAAAAAUAACCGACCCGACUGAUAAAACCAAUUCAAUAUCGGCGCUUGUGAGACGACGUUCGGGAUAAUCCGUAGAUCCGCGCUGUAACCAACGCGAGCCCGUUGAGACCUUGGAGCGGAGCGGAGCGACGAGCCGAUUCGCUUCAGGUGGCACGGCAAUGGCGCGGCUUGCGCAAGCUUGCCUUCUCGCUGGAAUGCUAACGGUUUACUAACCGGUCGCCGCCAUACUCGCUCUAAUCUAAUCGGGAUAGGUAUGUUUACUCUCGGAUGACUCAACACACGCGCGCACAGUUCAGUUCUUCGCCCGGCUUCGUCGGGAGUCGCCGACGCGCGAUAAGACGACCUCCGAUAUCGUCGACCGGGAAAUGCCUCGCAACGUUCAACAUCAGGAAUCGGUUACGCUGUUGUUUCGCACUCAUUCGCACGGUUCUUUUCCCUCUCGCCCGUCCCAAGUUACGCCCACAGGUGUGUCACGAUCGUUACGGCAGAUCGUGACACGCUUCACGGGUUGGCGCCAUUUGCGUGCUGGCGAAACACGGAAAGAUCUCUACGCGAAAUGCUUCCAGUGUUUUGACGCUCUUCCGACCCACGUACGUCACUCUCUUAAGAGUCCGCCGGCAACAUACGCCGGCCAACGUUUAUUUUCCCAAUUAUUCCACCGUCGCGCCGGGACGUAUAUGCUCGAUAAACCGUUGUUAAUUUCUAAAUAUUUAUUGUUAUCCAGCUCACGUCGGCGAGAUAUAUGAAGCCGCCGAGAAAGUUUGUUCAGCCAUUUCAUCAUUAUAGUACGCGAAAAUGUGACCCACAUCGACAAUAUUUAUCGACAACACACGGGAACGUGUUGCCGUUCAACGAAGUUGUCCCUGCGUUAUUUCCAGUAUUGACAAUUCUUCAAUAUUCGUCGACGCGAUAAUUUAUCGCACAACUUAGCGAUGAAUAUUGAUAAUCCUAUUGUAGAGGUGGCCCCACGUUUGCUUCGACCAACAAAACCACGUUUCACGUGUUCUCGGGCGAGUAUCUUUUUUUUCUUCCGUUAUUUUCGCAACCGCAGGUGCGGGUUACGGUACGCAGGUGCACGCGUACGCGCGGGUCCUUGGAUGCACGUGAGUGAUGCAAGAUGAAUGAGGCGAUACGCGCUCAUAAUAACAAAUGUGUUGCGGUGUAUUCAAUUAAGAAAAAUCGAAAGGUACGGGAAAAUAACGCGUCCUAAUAAUAGCAUUUUCUGUGUUAUGUUUUAUCGAAUGCAGUUUUUCGAUUCAGGACAUAUCUGUAAUGGGUGAUUGAAAUAACAAAUCUCGUGAUUUUUUUAAAUAUAACGUUGAUGUUAAAAUUGAAAAUGCGAUAAUAUUCUGUUAUAUUUUUAAGAAUAAAUUUGUCACACGUCUAAAAAAAAAUAUAAAAACUUGAUUCUUUUUUUAUUACGUUCGAAUAUCUGUGGCACAAUUUAAGCAUAAUUCUCUUAUUGAGUUGAAUGUUAUUUUUUUCGUUUCCUCUUAAUUCUUAUAUAAAAUAGCGUUGAUUACCCAAUUUAAUGAGGAAGUAACGUUAUAGAUUAAAUCUAAUUUCUUACGUAUACUAAUAAAGCUCUAAUAAAUAUUCAUAUAAAAAUUUAUUUGGCUCCACUUACUCUUGUUUAAAAUUUAUUUAUCAAACAUUGCAGAAAAAUAUGAUCAUGUUUAUUGCAUAAGUCAUUAGCAAAAUUUUUCGUCCUCUGCAAUUGAUUUCGGGGCCAAAAUUCGUGUAUUCACGGUUAAAGUUUUUUGCUAUUAAUUAGAAAAAAAUAAAUCCAAGAAGCUUUCAAUUUUUAAUUUAAAUUUUGAUACUAUUUAACUGCGAUAUUGUAGAACCAAAACAUCUUUAAACGUGCUCUACACAAGCAGUACUAUGUCCUCCGGAUUUCGACUUUGUUCGCGAAAGCUAAUAAUCGCAUGCAAAAUCGUUUAACUUACGCCAAUCAAUUAUGUAUGCAUAUUAAUUCUCGUUAUCGUCACGUUGAACAAGCAAAUAUUCGCCUAACUUAGAGAGCGUAUGACUUGCUGUCUGUCCUUCAUUUUAAUCGUAGUCUACCGCAUUCGAUCAACGUAGACGAUGCGUCAGAAGACCAAGGCGUUCCCCGGGUCAGUGAAUCAGAAUCGAGAAAACAAAGAACCUUUGAGCGAAAACGGAACAGCCUCAUUUCGAUUUUUUAUUCAAUAUUUCUCUUCAUAUUUCUUCGCUUAAAAAUUCUCACAUUCUGCAAAUUUGUUUAUCACAAAGAUUAUCAAUUUGUAAAGAUGAUUAUUAAUUCAUGAGUCGCUAAUUCGGAUAAAUGACAUGACAUGACAUAAGAUUUAAUAUGAUCCCGCUGCAGAUUUCAUUUUGCCUUUAAGCGGCUUCAUUGUAUUUCGCGGAUAAAUUGUACUUCUUUUUAUACUCUCGAGGAAAAGAGGGUAUGAUAGAUAUAUGUUAAAUCGAGCAAAUGCAAACGCGCGCUACAAGCCUAUCUUCAGACAGUUGUGUUGAUAGUGCAUCGAUCGUGACCCAAGGGGUUACGCGAGUUCGAGCGACCAGGAUAAGCAUAAGUGGUACGCGAGUUAUAUUUGUUGUCAAAAAUGCAGAAAAUGUAGCGUAUAGCCCACCUAUGUACCUAAACGAAUUGAACGUACUGAUAUCUAUUUACGCGAGGAGGAAGCUUGAGCAGGAAAGUCAGAGCGAGUUUCAUGAAUAAUUGACGAACGGAGAACUCGUUGGGAUUAUCAUAAUGCGUGAAUGACGCCGGGGGAAAUCCUCAUCAAGCUGGCGCGUGUUCGGAGGCGAUAGACUUGUCGAAGGGCGACCAGAAGGAGGAGGAGGAGGAGGAGGAAGAGCACGAUCGUUUGGAGGAGGUAGUCGCCCCGGCGAGUCUAGAGAUGGGUUGUUGCGGUUGUGCGGACGAGCCUUCGUCCAAAGUGGAGCCCACGACACCCGAUAAUCAGGGCUCGCCGUCGAACAUUUCAACGCAGAUAUUCGUAAAGGACCGAUCAUGCACCGACUUUUGGGCUGUGAUCUUGAUACUUGUUCUCGCGGGUGGUUUCAUCUUCAUGAUGACGAACGUGGCGAAGAAGGGUGACGUUUUCCGCGUGAUAUACGGAUUUGACGAUUGCGGGAACGUCUGCGGCCGCGUUACCGCAUACGAAAACGACCCGAAAUUCCAUUGCAAGGGUGGAGAUUACAGUAAAAAACCGUAUCUCGAGAUUGACCUCGAAGUGAAUGGAGUGAAGAAACGUUCGUGUGUGGCAAACUGCACAGUGGACGAGACCAAAGCAUUAUUCCUGAAUCGCUGUAUACACAAGAAGGUGACAGAAACUAUCAGUUCCCUAAUAAGAACUCUUCGUUUAGACAGUUUUUACAAUGAUGCAAUUACUGAUCUGGGAAUUGCAUGGCGUGAAUUGAUUUACCUUUUACUCAUAGCUUUGGCAUUUUCUCUCGCUAUUUUGGUGGCCUUCCGUUAUAUGGUACAAUAUGUCAUUUAUAUCGUAAUGGUUGGCGCAGUUAUAGCUUGCAUUGGCGGCACAACAUAUCUCUGGUUGGCGUGGUAUUAUGAAAAGAAGAGCAUGGAUAGGGGCGAAAUUUCCCCAGAAGAUUCUAGCGUGGAGCCCUACUUCAUCUACGCUAUUAUUAUGUCGGUCGUUGCUGUUAUCGUACUCCUGGUGAUUUUGGUGAUGAGGAAAAGAAUCGAGCUGGUUGUGCAACUUUUCCGGGAGGCGGGUAAAGCCGUGUAUUCAAUGCCGGCAUUGCUGUUACAACCGAUUUAUACGUAUCUGUUGAUUGGGUUUACAGUAGUGGCAUGGAUCUACUGUAUGAUGUGGAUUGAGAGCGCCGGCGAUAUUUACAUGAACAGGAAAAAUCAUAUUCGGUUCAAGAAGGAUGGAUUACUCAUCGCAACAAGAUGGUACAAUCUGUUUUUGUUCUUCGUGGCGUGUGAAUUCUAUUUGGGUUGCCAGCACAUGGUGGUUGCUUGCGCUGUUGCUCGAUGGUUCUUCACGAGGGACAAAAAUCGUCUUUCCCUACCAGUUGCAAAAGGUUUCGGAUAUCUUAUCAGAUAUCACAUGGGUACCGUGGCUUUUGGGGCUUUGAUAAUAGGUAUUGUUCGAGUAAUCAGGGCUAUGAUAUCCUUCGUCCACAAAAAUCUGAAGAACUACGAUAACGCUAUCGCGAAAGGAAUAUUAUGGUGUUGCCAAUGUUGUCUCUGGUGUUUUGAGUGUGCUUUAAAAUUUCUCACUAGGAAUGCUUACAUCGAAACAGCCAUAUACGGAUGCAACUUUUGCACAGGCGGAAGGAAGGCUUUCCAAGUCUUGUCCAGUAACAUCUUGCGAGUAGCAGCGAUUAAUAGCGUCGGUGAUUUCGUUCUAUUUCUGGGUAAAGUCUUCGUCGUCACUCUUACGGUCGUUUCAGGAAUUUAUUUGAUGCAGGUACAGAAAAAGGAAGGACUUAAUCAUCCUUGGAUACCAAUCACUCUUGCGGGGAUAUUCGCAUUCUUGGUCGCGCAUUGCUUCAUAUCUAUUUACGAGAUGAUCAUUGAUACGAUAUUUAUAUGCUUCUGUGAGGAUUGCGAAAAGAAUGAUGGCAUCAGCCGGCCUUAUUUCAUGAGCCGCGGUUUGAUGGAAUUCGUCGAGAACAGCAAGAAGGCUCUGAGGCAAUUGGAACAAGGUUCUCCGGUCACAUAACAAGUUUAAGAAUUAGAUUUUUGUUUGAAAGAAUGUCUUGUGGAUUGUUUCGGAAAUUCGAUGGUCAGUACAACGAACGAUAUAAAACGUACGAUAGAAUUUUUUUUACAAAGUAAUAUUGAGUAUUCUUUUAAUAUACGAAUUUUUGGGAGGUGUUCCACGAAAUUGUAAAAGGGACAGAAACAGCUUCCUUUCUUACGCACAAAUCGUCUUCUCUUAGCAUGCAACAUAAUUAUCAAAGUCGUUCCACUAGCAAAGUAUAAUAAUGCGCACAAUCGAUUGUUUCGAUCAAUCCGAUGGACCACGACUGAUUACAACGAAUGUUACGAAUCAUUCUAUUUUAGAAGUUCCUAUUUCUAAAAAUAUUUUUUAUAUGACAGGAUAGCUUUUCUACAUAAACUGAAACAAGAUAGACACAGCUGUUGCGAAUACACUGAUUUGGCAGCCUAAACUUACGAUCUGUACCUUUCACGUACAGUCAGAAGUGAUUAACGAUCAAAUUAAUUUAUAAGACGUCUGUUCUAUAUAUUAUUAGAUUGUAAGUUUACACGUAAGAUUAUAGUAUUACGAAUGUGUCAGUUCUCAAUCGCUGUAAAUAUUUUUUCCUUUUUUAUAAAUAAGUGCCUAAGAGAUGAAUAAUUUUUCAUUUUGAUACAAAUAUGUAGGAUAUAAUUAGACAGCGCUAAUGAUAGUCAUGAUAUUUAAAGAAAAAUAUUAAUAUUAUAUAUGAUUAACAAAAACAAAACCUACAAUUACAAAAGUUUAUAAUAUAAACCUAA